AUGCACAAAAUAUACAUAAUCUUCAUUGUGAUCACUCUUCAAAAAUUUGUUGGUUCUCAGCAGUCUGCAACUGAUUGCAUACUUAACAUCAGAAUCCCGUCAUCCCUGUACAAUUCGAGCAGUGAAUUGGGACAUUGGGGAUGGUUUCUGAACAAAGACUCUUGUGCAGGAGUAUUUCAAGAGUACCUUUAUUCACUGGGGCUGAGAGCUAAUCAAACAGGACAAAUAUACUUAAAUUCCACCCAGCAGAGGAAUUGCUUGACCAUGCUGAACAAUACCCAGGUAGAAGUUAUGGGCUGUGGGAUUCAGAAGCUAACGAGUGGCAGUGGUGGCUGUUCAGAUUUCUCUGUUGAUGAUGCGAUGGAAAAGUUGGGAGGAAAAUUUCGGAACUUAAGGAAGAACUGUGAACCUCUGAGCUCAGAUGGGAAAUGGGAUCAGACGUGUGAAUCCUGCAUUAAGAGUUGGGAAGACAUAAAAGGACUACAAUCAUAUGGUGGCCAAUCUGCAGUAGAAUCUGAUAUAUGUAGGCUUGCAGCGUUAGUGUCAUUAACAAGUGCUAGGAUUGAUGAUGAAAUAUGGGUGGAAAAUACAUACAAAUGCCUCGGGGAGCAACACAGUGACGAAGGUAAGUAG